UCAAGUGGGAUUUGUGAUGGACAAAGGGGCGCUGAGAACAUUUAAAGCCUUGGUAGAAGGUGAACAUAAUGCCUCUGCGGCACCUGGCACUCAUCCUACUGUGUUGAUGGCGAUACCUGUAUUUAUACUGCAGAGAAAUUGCAAGGAGGACUCACUGCAGCAAAUUCAUGGUGUGAGAGGUGAAACACAAAGAUCAAUGAAAGGGAACUCAGGCAAUUUAUUUCUCCAGAAGUCCGUUAUGACAUACAACUCUGCAGCUAUGACUGAUGCCUGUCCCACCUGGGAGCAUGAGGCAGAUGCCCACCUCUUGAAAUUGCAGUGCCAGCAGAAAUUCAUACUCCGUGCUACUGGAAAUCUUGACAGGUUGAAUUGCAGAUGGCUUUCAAAAUUCCUUAUGUGUAUGACUAUAUAACUAAAUUAUGUAGGACAUAGGUAGAAUUAAUCCUAAAUCAUGUAAAUCCAAAUGUAUGUGUUAUUGAACAAGGAGAGGCUAGGCAUAGUAGUAUAAGAGGCUUAAAUUUUGUGGUGGUGAGGCCUACGAUUGUUCAGCUGACUAACUGCAGAUUCAGAGUAGUUACUUACAUAAGCUUAGUCAUAACUUGUUGAUGAAUACUUCAAUGUAAAUAGAGAAUGAUGUAAAAUUAAGUUAUAUUAAUUUUUAAGCUAAAAUUGCCUGU